CCAUCUGGGUACAAUGUGUUUGACUAAAAAAGAAAAUUUUUAGAACAGUAAAGACAUACAUUUCUUAUUUUAUUCCAUCAUCCUCCUUCACGCGCCAAAGAAAUUAGUGGGAAAUUUACAAGAAACUGAUUCUUUUUGGUGUAUAAAUAUUCCAGAUUUAAGGAUAUCAGUCAUAAUAUUUGAGAAGUGAGAACGCACUUCAACAUAGCUUUUUGCAAGAACAAAAUUUAACAAGAAAAUUUCCAUUUCUUCCAUUUUUCUUUGAUAAAGAUGGCUAUUAUAUCACGUUUCUUUAGUUGCUUUCCGGGUACAGACAAGGUAGUGGAUGAAGGAAAUGAUAAAAAUGUUCCAUUGAGAAAAGCUCCGAACAUUCAUGGUGACCACGAAGCGAAGGGCAAGAGCAGAAAAAACGCACCAAUUCUAGUUGCUUUGAUGCACGUGGUACAAGUGAUGAUGGGUCUGAUAAUAACAACAGUAGUAUGAAUGGAAGUGUGUAUUGUUGAAGUAAUUAAUUCACCAUAAUGUUUUUUUUGCCAUUUGGGAUCGUUUAGGACUUCAAAAACGCAUUUUUCUGCUUUUAUAAAAGACAACUUUUUUUUAUAUUUGAUUUAGAUAAUUGACUAGGAAUCUUAUCCUAAUCAAUUCUGAUCUUCUAAGAAUAAGGAAGAAAACUUAUUUUCUCCUUAUAAGUAUUUCGUUUUCAUGUUUGUUACACAAUUGGUGAGUAAAAAAAAAUUGAUGUCUUCAUUACACCAUUAUAAGGCAAUUCAAAUGGUAAUUCUAUUAUGGCAUAGUGGACGCAAUGUGAGUGCCACAUAGAUCUAGACGAAGCAAUUUUGUAAUAUAUAAUGUUAUAGUGGACUAGGGAUGAACUUUUUAACGACAAACAAUUUAAAGCAUAGAAAAAAGAGUCUUCAUUGAAAUGAAAGGAAGGUGAAUCAUGUUUCUCACCAGUGCUAGCUUUAGUUGUUUCUCGGAAGUAAACUGUUAGAGUAAUUCAGAAGUUGUUUUUACUGUUUUAUUAGGCACGUUUUAUUUUGAGUAGGAAGAAUAAAUCAAGGCCACAUAAGGAUGUAUUACCUGGUCUCUAGCUAGUAGUUAGUAGUCCCUAUUUUUCUAUAUUUCUUUAGGUUUAAAUACCCAGGCAUUAUGUACAUUGUAACUAUCUUCUCCACAUUGAAUAAUACACGAAAACCUUUGCCUAGAUUAUCCUCUCUGUAAAAUCUUCCCUUGCCAUCUCUGUUUUGCAGGAACCUCGUGAAGAGUCUGUCAAAACCAACAAAGUGGUAUCAGAGCUUUCAGGUGCAUGCCCAAGUACCAGUCUCGAGAAGAGAUGUCAGGAAGCAAUGGUGAUAAAGACGGACAAAUUACCCUCCAUUAUCCAAUGUUAUCCAUGAAUAAUUACGGGGCAUGGGCAAUCAAAAUAUGUGUGUUCAUGCAAGCCCACGGUGUAUGGGAAGUUGUUGAGCCUCGAACAGCCAACACGGUGGUAGAGGCAAAGAAGGACAAGAUGGAACUGGCGGCCAUCUAUCAAGGAAUCCCUGAAGAGUUUGUCAUGUCGUUGUCUGAAAAGAAAACAACCGAAGAAGCAUGGGAAGCCCUGAAAACAAUGUUCGUAGGGGCAGAUAGAAUGAAGACUGCAAGAGUUCAGACCCUAAAAGCUGAGUUUGAGGCUAUAAUCAUGAAGGAGACAGAAAGUGUUGAUGAUUUUGCCGCAAAGGUAACCAAUUUUGUCAGCACCAUGCGCACUUUGGGAGAGAUUGUAGAUGAGGUCCAUGUGGUGAAAAAGUUGCUCAUGGCAGUAUCAUCAAAGUUCCUUCAAAUUGCUUCAACUCUUGAACAAUUUGGGGACCUAGACACGAUGAGUGUGGAGGAAGUGAUAGGUCGAUUAAAAGCCCAUGAAGAGAGGAUGAAGGGGCAUGGAGACACUGAUGAUCGAAAACUUCUCUUGACUUAUCAAGAGUGGUCAGAAAGAACUAAGAAAAAGGGAGAAGGUGAAUCCAAAUCUAAGUCAAAUCGAGGAGGAUUUGGAGGUUCACGAGGACGAGGCAGGGGAUGAGAUCGAAACAACGAUGGUCGUGGUGGUCAAGGAAGGGGUGGCUUACAUCAACAACGAGAAAGGAGUAAAGGUUCAUCCAGUAGCCAAGACAAAAGUGGGAUACAAUGUUAUAACUGCCAGGAUUUCGGGCAUUACGCAGUUGAGUGUAAGAACCCAAGAAAGGAGAAGAGUCAUGAAAAUAAUUUGAUACAUGAAGACAAUGAACUUGCACUACUACUUUCUUCUCUUGUAAAAAAAGAAGAGUCUGGUGAAUUAUUCCUAAAUGAAGAAAAUGUGAGCCCAAAACUGAAAACCAAAGGUAGGGAGGCAAAUCAGUCGAUGUUAUGAUAUCUUGAUAUAGGUGCAAGCAAUCACAUGACCGGUGAUAAAAAGAAGUUUUGUGAUCUGAACAAGAAAAUACAAGGGUAUGUCAAAUUUGGAAAUGAAUCCAAAGUUAGAAUUGAGGGCAAAGGCUCAAUAAUUUUUCAGUGUAAGAAUGGAGAGCAGAAAACUCCAAGAAGUGUACUACAUACCUGACUUGUGCAGCAACAUCAUUUGUCAGAGAGUGGAGAUGAGAUCAAGAUAAAGGAGCCAAUUUUGUGGAUUCAUAACAGAACGGGUAGAUUACUUAUGAAGGUGAAGAAGUCCCCAAAUCGUCUAUACAAAAUAGAACUUGAAGAAGUGAAUCAAAAGUGCAUGAUUGUUGAAAUUGGAGAUCCAAUGUGGCUGUGGCACACAAGGAAUUCCCAAGAUGGUGAUCCCAUCAAGACCAUGUGAAGGAUGUCUCAUUGGGAAGCAAACUCGACUCCCAUUUCCAUCGAGUACAAGUUUUAGGGCAAAGAAAAGAUUGGAGCUCAUACAUGGUGAUCUGUGUGGGCCUGUUACACCACCAACAGCAGCUGGAAAUAGGUAUUUCAUGUUGCUAGUAGAUGAUUUCAGUAUAAUAAUGUGGGUGUACCUGCUAAAAUCAAAAGAUGAAGCAUUGCAGACAUUUAAGAAUUUCAUAACAAAGGUUGAAGUAGAGACAGGUGGGUAGAUGAAGGCAUUUAGAACAGAUCGAGGAGGGGAGUUCCUCUCAAAUCAAUACACCAUGUAUUGUAACAAUAUCAGGCUCAAUCCGCACUAUACAACACCCCACUCUCCACAACAUAAUGGGGUGGUAGAAAGGAGAAAUCGGUCUGUACUGGAGAUGGUUAGGAGCAGCCUAAAAACAAUGAAUGUACCAGAUGUGAUAGAGUAAUUUAGAAGUUGUUUUUACUAUUUUAUUAGGCAAGUUUUAUUUUGAGUAGGAGGAAUAAAUCAACACCACGUAAGGAUGUAUUACCUGGUCUCUAGCUAGUAGUUAGUAAUCCUUAUUUUUCUGCAUUUCUUUAGGUUUAAAUACCCAGGCAUUAUGUACGUUGUAACUAUCUUCUCCACAUUGAAUAAUACACGAAAACCUUUUCCUAUAUUAUCCUCUCUAUAAAAUCUUCCCCUGCCAUCUCUGUUUUCUAGGGACCUCGUGAAAAGCCUGUCAAAACCAAAAUAAACAAGGUGAUGGAUGAAGGAAAUGGUAAAAAUGGUGCAUCAAGAAAAGCUCAGAACGUUGAUGACGAUCAUAAAGCAAAGGUGAAAAGAAGAAAAAAUGCACCAAUUCCAGUUGCCUAUUUCCCAAUUGGCUCAAACUUUUCUUGCUUGUGAAUGUAAAAAAACAGUCCAAUUAAUUACAUCACGAAUUGAGCUUUACUAUGCUCUAUAAUGGAUCGAGUACUGCUAUUAAUGCAUGGAGCUGCUUAUAAAGAAGAAUGAGAGAAACUCUAUAGUAACUAGUAAGUAUGUAUGUACCACUUUAAGGUGAAUAAUUAGU